AUGAAACGUUUUGAACUGGUUCACCUGCCCGAGUAUUUAAUAAUUACGUACAAACGAUUCCAUAAAAAUCAGUGGUUCGUGGAGAAAAACCCGACAAUUGUCAAUUUUCCGAUUAGCAAUGUUGAUUUGUAUGAUUGUUUGGCCGAGGAAUCGCGUCCACUGCAUAAGUAUACAACGUACGACCUCAUUUCAAACAUCGUUCAUGAUGGCCCACCGUCAUCCGGUUCUUAUCGCAUUCAGAUUCUUCACAAUGGGACACAAAAAUGGUAUGAAUUGGAAGAUUUGCAUGUCAAGGAAAUAUUGCCACAAAUGAUAACACUUGCUGAAUCCUACAUACAAAUUUGGCGUUUAAAUGUCACAAAAACUCGUGACCAAAGAGCAGGAGAAGUGGAUGAAGACACUACUACUGGCAUCCCAGCUGCUGCUUCUGGCGAGGAAACUGUAGAAAUAAAAAUGGAAAUGUGA